GCUGACAAACCAAAGUUCGUCUCUCUCUUGGAAAUACUACACAGGAGCGCGCAGGGAGCGCUUUGCUUUUGCAAACACCAGCAGAACACCCUCGAACGCUCGCGAGCGCCGCGAUUCAGUGGAUUUGCGGGAACUUAGUUGGAACGUAUUUUGGGGAGGCGAAACGCUCAGACGCACCGAUUCUCUGAGAUCGUCCACCUACAGUCUUCGCAUGAAUCUACUAGAUCCCUACCUGAAAAUGACAGAGGAGCAAGAGAAGUGUCUGUCCGACGCCCCAAGUCCGAGCAUGUCCGAGGACUCCGCGGGCUCCCCGGGCUCCGGCUCGGGCUCCGACACCGAGCACACCCGCCUCGCGCCUCCGGACGCGGCGCUCGGCGAGUUCAAGAAGGACGAAGACGACAAGUUCCCCGUGUGCAUCCGAGAGGCGGUGUCUCAGGUGCUGAAAGGCUACGACUGGACGCUGGUGCCCAUGCCGGUGAGAGUGAACGGCUCGAGCAAAAACAAGCCUCACGUGAAGAGACCGAUGAACGCGUUUAUGGUGUGGGCGCAAGCGGCGCGCAGGAAGCUCGCGGAUCAGUAUCCGCAUCUCCACAACGCCGAGCUCAGCAAAACUCUGGGCAAACUUUGGAGAUUGCUGAACGAGGGUGAAAAGCGACCCUUCGUGGAGGAGGCUGAGCGCCUCAGGGUUCAGCACAAGAAAGAUCACCCCGACUACAAAUAUCAGCCCCGGCGGAGGAAGUCGGUGAAGAACGGCCAGAGCGAGUCUGAGGACGGCAGCGAGCAGACUCACAUCUCCCCGAACGCCAUCUUCAAAGCCCUCCAGCAAGCCGACUCGCCCGCGUCCAGCAUGGGAGAGGUGCACUCGCCCAGCGAACACUCAGGCCAGUCCCAAGGGCCGCCCACUCCUCCCACCACUCCGAAAACCGACGCGCAGCCAGGCAAAGUGGAUCUGAAGCGAGAGGCCCGUCCGCUUCAGGAAAGCACGGGACGCCCGCUCAACAUCGACUUCCGCGACGUGGACAUCGGCGAGCUCAGCAGCGACGUCAUCGAGACCUUCGACGUCAACGAGUUCGAUCAGUACCUGCCGCCGAACGGCCACGCCGCCAGCGCGCCCUACGUGGGCAGCUACGCCGCCUGGAUGGGGAAGCCUCAGAACGGCAGCCCCCAGAGCGCCCAGCUGAGCGGAGAGCCGGAGCAGCCGAGGACGACGCACAUCAAGACCGAGCAGCUCAGCCCCAGCCACUACAACGACCAGGGUUCUCCGCAGCAGGCCGGCUACGGCUCCUUCAACGUCCAGCACCUCCAGCACUACAGCACUUCGUUCCCGUCCAUCACGCGGGCGCAGUACGACUACUCCGACCACCAGGGCGGCGCCAACUCCUAUUACACCCACGCCGGAGGACAGAGCUCGGGCUUGUACUCCACCUUCAGCUACAUGAGCUCCAGCCAGAGGCCCAUGUACACGCCCAUCGCUGACUCUGCCGGGGUUCCCUCCAUUCCCCAACCCAACCACAGUCCCCAGCACUGGGACCAGCAGCCGGUCUACACGCAGCUGUCCAGGCCCUGAGCAGACGCCGACGGGACUCGUUCUGCACCAUUCCACCCCAGCGGGGGAAAAAAAAAAGCGCACUUCCGUAACACACUUAACCCCUUAGCAUUCAAACGUCCCAAAAAGAAAUCAUCUGAGGGGUUAAAGAGCUCUAAUUUUGUACUUAACUUGAUAUCUCUGUACUGUUUAGUCACCGCUCGUAGUGCACUUGAAUGCACUGCUGUAUAAAAACAUGUGGUAGCUAAAUGCAAUUGGAGACAGCGCGUUUGAGUUGGCGUCCCACCUUAAGCGUGUCUUAAAGAACGAUGUUAAGUAUGUCAAGUGCAAAAUUAGUGCGCGUAUUAUGGAGACACCUGGGAUCCGCUCUCUUUGACACACACACACACACACACACACACACACGAAACGAUGUAGGAAAGAAAGCUGGACUUUAAGAAAAAAAAACAAAAAAAAAAACUAAACGGCUCCCGACGUGCCUUUUAAUCGCCUGAAAUCGUGAUUAGAAUAUAUAUAAAUAUAUAUAUUUUUAGCCUUGUUUGCAAGAAAAGAAACAUUUUUGAGAAACGAUUCCUCUGUGAGGACUUAUCGAUUAUUGAUACUUUAAUAUGUACUGUGUAUGUUUUCUUAACAUGUUCUCUCUCUUUGUAUUUCCAGCCUUCUGUGUUUCUUGUAGAAAAGUCUAUUUUUACUAAACCACUCUCGGUAGCCGUCCCUCGUUGUUUUUUUUUUCUCCCACCCCUUUCCAUCGGUAACACCCCGGUCCCUCGCGUGGUGCAUUUUAUAGUUUGACUCCGUGCCCUUUAUUUAUGUUCCUGUAAAAUAUCAUUCCUUUUUUUUCUUUCUUUCUUUCUUUCUUUCUUUUACCAGCUCUCGUUCACGCUUUUAACCCCAAGCAGCAUCAGUGCCUGUCAAACGUUAGAAGCGAAUUAGCGGGGAAUAUCUACGUGGCAGCGGCAGCUGAGAAUUUACUGAGCGUCUAACAGCAUGUGUUGCAGCUCCAGGAAGUGCCCUUUGACCCCUGCUCGUCGUUAGCUGCCUGCAGUCCUGCAGGUGUCGUCUUACAGCCCCCUCCUUAACCCCUUUAAUUUAUUUAUUAGUAUUAAUUUUAUUUCAAAGAAAUUAUUUGCAUUUUAUUCUUUAAUACUUUAUUACGAAACAAAUGAAUUGUUAUUUUGCGCCUCUGAAUAUGGUGACAUAUAACCCGACGGGCCAUUUAGACAGAGGGCUGGUACUUAAUAUGGUAAAAUUCUGUAUUCAUCAUGUUUAUUUAUCGUAUGUAGAUUUUUCUAUUUUAAAUGUUUAUUUGUCCUUAUUUCUAACCGGUUGUGUCAUGCACAAAAUGCUGUUGCAGUUUCUAAAAUAACUGGAAGAGUAGUCUUUCGUUUGGAAAGUUUUACCAUGCUCUAAUCUGAAGCUGUAGUUGUUUUUUUUUUAAAUAGUUAGUUAGUUAGUUAGUUAGUUAGUUAGUUAGUUAGUUGGCAUCUUUGUUUGCUUAUACGUUUCCCUUUCCGAUUUUGUGCUUUACUCGAUGUCAGCCAUCUCAGAACCGACGUUGGCAUCUUCACUUUCGUGUUUUUUUUUUUUUUACACAAGACUGAACAAGUUUUUUGUCUUUAAAAAGUUUAACAUUUUACUGCCUUUGAAGAAGCUCAUCUUUUGUAUUAUAUUUGCAAUAAAAGUGAGAAUAAAACGUAAAUCAGA